AUGCAUCAACAACCAACAGUACAAGAAUAUCAAGCACGUACUAUAAAUGACAAUAAUCGUGCACGUUUCGAUAUUUUACCCGCAUUUCCUCGUGUGCUCAUACAAACAGCAAUUGAACGCACAGAUCGGCAUUAUUCUGCUCCUCUUCUAGCUAAUGUUCCAAAUCAUCUACUUACUGAACAUGAACGUCAACGUCGUUUACCUAAAGCCUAUUCUGAUGCAUUCGAAUUAAAGUUGAAUUCAGAUGUGGCUACAUUUUUUGAUUUCGACGAAAUGUCAUUUAUUUAUACAUUAUAUGAUAUAUUUUUCAAUAGAUAUAGUCGACAAUGGAAUAUUGAUACGAACAUUCUCGACUACAAUCUUGUUCGUUUACAAAAAUGUCUAGAUAAAAUAUUAGCAAUGUUAAAUAUCGAACCAACUUUAAUGCCAUUCUCAUCACGUGAAUGGCCCAUAGCAUUGGAAUUUUACCUCCAGAUCGAUGUUGAUUUAUUCUAUAUGAAAACAUGUUCAUUUCGUGGGGCUUCCUUUCACGAUGAUAAGGAUCCAUGGCAUUCCAAUGACAUCGAUCAACAUCUUUUCUGUCGAGAUGCACCCAAGGCGAACUUUGGCAUGUUACCAUGUGAUUGUAAAACAUGUUUGUGUUGUCAUCCAUCGGAACGUUUUCUACAACAGCAAACGCCACUAGCAGUGCAAUUUUCUGCCAAUCAUAUUCAUCGUUUUCUGAAUAAAUACGAAGCGAUUCUCAAUUGUCCAGCUGUAAGUAUAUAA